GUUUCCAACCUACUCGUUUCUUGUAAUCUUGAAACUGUUAAGCAACACGCUCAGAGAAAGAGAAGUGAGAAGUUAUAUUCAGCACAGAGAACUACAGAAGGGAGAUGUUACGGUCUGUUUUUACAUCCACACAAGAAGUGAAAAAACUAACAAUGGAAUUGGAUUACAUUGAAUAUGAAGACUACACUCCCAUCAAUGAAACUGAAAACGUCCUGCAACAAUCAAAGUUCUCCCAGGCCUCCGUGACUCAUGUUCUUGCAGUGGUCAACAUCUUCAUAUCAUUUUUUGGUCUGAUUGGGAACACUGUAGUGGUAUGGAUCUGUGGGUGUAAAAUGAAAAGAACAGUCAUCACCACCUGGUACAUCAGCCUGGCUCUUUCGGACUUGUUUUUUUGUAUCUUUUUGCCCUUUGAAGUUUUUUACUCUCUGACCUCAAACUGGCCUUUUGGCCAGUUUUUGUGCAAGUUCAUCUCCUCUGCUUUGUUUCUCAACAUGUACAGUAGUGUGUUUCUGUUGGUCUUAAUCAGCGCUGACCGUUGCGUCCUUGUUUUGUUCCCUGUGUGGGCAAACAACCACCGAACGGUGCACAAAGCCUACGGAACAGUCGCCGUGAUGUGGCUUCUCGCUGGACUCCUAACGCUUCCUUCAGCCAUUUUUAGAACCACCGCAGUCCAAGGCUCCUACACCAUGUGCCAGUUGAAUUACAGCUCCAAUGUCAGACAUGAGGCUGUGGUACUGGGUCGGUUCUUCUGUGGAUUUCUUGUUCCUUUCUUGAUUAUUGUGUUCAGCUGCGCGGUGAUCGGUCUGAAGCUGAGAGGCUCAACCAUUCGAUCUAAAAGGCCUUAUAAAAUCAUGGUGGCACUCAUCCUGUCGUUUUUCUUCUGCUGGGUCCCCUACCAUACCUUUUGUCUCAUGGAAAUUAACUUUAUGAAACACAAUAUAGAGAUGCUUCUGGUUGGACUAAAAGUGGGGGCCACCCUGGCAGCAGCUAAUGCCUUAAUCUCCCCCAUUCUCUACGUGUUCGUCGGCAAUGACUUCAAGCAAACUCUGAAGCGCUCUGUGAUGUCAAGGUAUGAGGAGGCGAUGGCUGAGGAUAUCCACACGACUGGGUUCAAUCAGUCAAGAUCCAAGUCAAUGGAAAUAAUUGAAACUCACACUAUUUCCUAAAAAAAAAAAAACUCAUUGCAUUUUGAUCUUCUUUAAGUUAAUUUAAAUCUUUAGCUGUAAAAAACACAAAACUUAUAUUGUGUACUUAAACUUUUUGAUAGCUUUUAAUAAUUUUUGCUAUCCUUUGUAACUGAAACAAAAAUGCCGUGGUUGUAACUAAAUGAAUUAUCUACAAUGAAUUGUUGUUCUAUGCAAUAAAAAGUAAGUAUUUUAUUAAAAUUCAACAUGCACUUUAUUUAUUUAAAUUGUUUGCUUACAUACUGUAAAAAAAAAUUAACAAUCUCGUGGUUGUUUUACUGAGACAAUCCAAAAUAUGCAAAGGACACACUGAAUAAACACUUAAAAUUUGUUUGUUAUUUAAAGUAUUUUAUUCUCCAAACAAAACAUAACUUAGAACUUGGUUGAGAAAGUUUUAUUGAUGGGGGUAAUUUUGUGUAGGUAAUCUUCAGGUUUUACCCCAGAUGGGUGUCAAUUUCCACUUGGUGCUGUUACUGAAAGUUUUACUUCAAAACACAUCAAAUAUACUAUUAAAAUAUUUCAGCAUUUGCUCACUAGCUUGCUUUAAACCAAAGUAUACCAGAAUACUAGGAUGCAAAAUGUGGACAAUAUAAAAGAGACAAUAAUACUGCUGUCUGGUUAGUAGUCAGAAUGCAUAAUCAUGUUCCCCAAAUCAAAUUAAGCGUAAGGCCUCAGACAAAUGAAAAUUAUCAUUAUGGGUAACAAUCAUAUCUCCAACUCCAACGGC